AUGGGCGGCGUGCCGGCGCCUAUUCCGACCCGGAAUCCAGAGGAUGCAAUACUGUGUGUUGAGGACUUGAGAAGGGCUGCGUUGAAGAAGAUGCCGAGAGGAGUCGCAGACUUCAUCAACUCUGGUUCCACCGACCAGCUUACUAUCCACGAGAACACAACAGCCUACAACAAAUACCGCGUCCGAAGUCGCGUUCUUAUAGAUGUCUGCAAGGCCGAUACAUCGACAACUUGCUUCGGCCAACGCAUGUCCUUCCCUCUCGGCUGCUCACCAGCUGGCAUCCAAGGCCUCGCCCACCCGGACGGCGAGCUAGCAACGUCUCGGGCCUGCUCCAGCAAAGGCGUUCCUAUGGCCAUCUCUAGCUUCGCCAACUACCCUAUCAACGAGGUCCGCUCUGCCGGCCUCAGCGCUGGUCCCAUCAAGCACGCAAUGCAGAUGUACACGCUGAAGAACCGCGACCUCGAAGCGAGCAUAAUCCGCGAAGCAGAAGCCCAAGGCUGCACUGCCAUCUUCCUCACUGCGGACUCGCCCGUUCUUGGCGUCCGCUACAACGAAUGGCGCAACGAUUUCCGCACUCCGGAUGGACUGGGCUUCCCGAUCUACGGCUGGGAUACCGAGAAGAUCCGUAAGCAGACGCAUGACGAUAGCUUUGCCAAUCUCACGGAUGAUGCGCACAGCUGGGCUCGCGAGGUGCCUUGGUUACGGAGUAUUACCAAGAUGGAGAUCUGGAUAAAGGGUGUCGUCACCGCAGAAGACACGCUGAUGGCGGUAGGGAUGGGCUGUGAUGGGAUCGUGGUGAGCAAUCAUGGUGGACGGCAGCUAGAUGGAGUUCCAGCAACAAUCGAUGCACUACCAGAGUGUGUGGCAGCCGCAGCAGGGCGGAUACGAGUGCACGUUGACGGCGGCAUUCGGUCAGGAACAGACAUGUUCAAGGCGGUUGCACUUGGGGCAGAGUUCUGCUGGGUAGGGAGACCCAUCUUCUGGGGGCUGUCUCAUUCUGGACGAGAAGGGGUGGAGUUGAUGCUCGAAACGUUCCACCAGGAGUUCAAGAGGUGCAUGCAGUUAUGUGGCUGCAACAGCAUCAAGGACAUUACUCCAGCAUGUUUGGGAGUCGUGAGGAGCGAUGGGCCGUUGGCGAGGCUUUGA